AUUUCUUCGCAUCGGAGAAGUCGAUAACACAACAUGAAAAUAAGGUCGUCUUUCGUCUUUUAGUCAAUAGAGACUUUUAGUUCUUGGUCACCACGAGUGGCGAGAGUGGUCGUGCUUUAUUCUGACAAGAAGAGAUCCCUAGUUACCGUGCUUUCAGUGAUUACUUGAUUGUGUCUAACAAUCUCGUGUCUCACGCAAUUCCGAUGAUUGCGAGUCAAACGACAAAAAUACAAAAUACAAACGUGCCAUUGGCGUGAUUUACUUAAAAUGAUGACCAAGUGCUUUAGAAUGUGCCCGCUGUGGCCCUUGCAUAUUAUCCUGCUCUACGUGCUGUGCGUGGCUCCGCUGUUGUUGAUGGCUCAGCACAUCCAAGUCGCUAAGCCGCAGCAACAACCCAAGCAGCUAAAAGUGGCCUUCGGACCGGAAAUGAGCGAAAAGAUCACCGAAGGCGAGACCAAGAUGAUUGAAUUCCAGAUUGCUAAUAUGGAGGAUUUUGAUGACAGAGGAUCGCUGGAAGUUGAAGUGACAACUACCGAUCCGCACAUAGCCAGCGUCCAAUACAUGGGCGAUUCCAAGGAUUUCUCGCCCAAUACCAAUUGGACGGGUAGUUUCAAUUUGACUGCCCGUUUUUUGGGCUACACUAAAGUCGUCGUCAGGCUGUGGGGAAACAUUUCCAUCGGCCGGGAUGCUGGCAAAGAUCUAAUUGCGCAGUCGGAACCUGCCAAAGUGGCUGUCAUUCGCGCUGCCAGAGCCAUUGACAAAGCCUUCAUCUACACCAUAGCCAUUUUGGUAUCGGUUGCCUUUAUCAACAUGGGCUGCAUGCUGGACUUGGAGAUUGUCAAGGCAACGUUGAAGAAACCGAUUGGACCGGCCAUUGGUUUUUGUUGUCAAUACAUCUUUAUGCCCUUGUGUGCUUUCGGGUUGGCCAAACUCUUCUUAGCCAACAAUGUUGCCCUCCAACUGGGCUUAUUUGUCACCGGAUGCAGCCCUGGAGGCGGAGGAUCCAAUUUGUGGACAUACAUCUUAGGUGGCAAUCUCCAUCUUAGCAUCACCAUGACGUUCCUUAGUACUCUGGCAGCCUUCGCUAUGAUGCCCUUCUGGACCAUGACGCUUGGUCGUUUAAUUUUCGCCGAGGGCCAUAUCGUUGUGCCUUACCGCAAUAUCGCUACGCUAGCUGGUGGACUAGUGGUUCCUUUAAUGAUUGGACUGGCGAUUCGCCGCUUCUUUCCCAAGGUCGCAACUGUUUUGGCUAGAGCACUGAAGCCUCUUGCCGGACUUUUCAUUUGUGUUAUUGUCGGCUUUGGCGUUUAUGCCAAUUUAUACAUGCUUCAACUAUUGGAUGGCAUGGUCCUAUUGUCUGCGACAUGUUUGGUUCUCCUUGGCUACACUUUUGGCGGAAUGGCAGCCGCUAUAAUGCGUCAGUCGUGGCCUGAUGCCCUCACGAUUGCAGUCGAGACGGGUAUUCAAAAUACUGGAAUUGCAAUCUUCAUUUUACGUGUUACUCUGGAACAGCCCGAAGCAGACAUCAACACAGUGGUCCCAGUUGCCGUUGCCAUCAUGACUCCGGUUCCGUUGUUUAUACUUUGGGUGCUGCAAAAAUGCGUGCUCUCACGUUUCGGAUACUGUGUGGUUAAGAAUCCGGAGGAGAAGAUUGUUUGCCCGGUCGCGUGCAUCGAAAACGGACUCGAGCCAAACAAUAGUGCCAGUGUUGAGAAACUUCUCCCGAAUAACAACGAUAUGCCCGUCAACUGGCAAUUCAGUUCAAUUAGCAAUGCUCACAUUGUUCAACCAAAGCUACGAAUCGAAGAAAUUCGUGGGAAACGUAUUUCUAUUUUUGAUAAGGAAUAUAAAAGGCAACAGUCAUUAAUUCCGCGUUUGGAGAAAAUUGAAGUGGCCUAUGAAGGAUUUGAUAAUGAAACAACAACUCUGGUCAUGAACAAAGGGGUGUCCACCCCUUACAAUUGUGCUCAACAUAUAAGUGAACAUGUCAUGAAGAAUUCUGUUGUUGCCGAAGUAAAUGGAGAGAUUUGGGACUUGCAUCGUCCUAUACCAAGUGACUGUACCCUUAAACUACUGAGCAUGAAGCCAGAAGACCAACAUCAAGCGUCACUAGUCAACAAAACAUUCUGGAGAAGCUGCAGUUAUCUUUUAGGUGCUGUUGUGGAAGGAUCAUUUCAAGAUGACAUUUCAGUUACUCUUCAUAGUUUCCCACCAGCAAAUGUAAGAAGUGGGAGUUUUGUUUAUGAUGUUCAACUAAGUCUAGAUGACUGGGUUCCUUCUCUAAACGAUUUUCGACAAAUUGCGGCUACCUUUCAGAAGUUCGUUCGGCAAAAUCAUACCUUCCAACGGUUGGAUAUUGAUUCUUCCGUGGCGCUAAAAAUGUUCGAAGAUAAUGCUUUUAAAGCCGAUCAAAUUCCUCACAUAGCCACAAAAUCGAGUUCGGGUAAUACUGUUACCGUUUACAGAUGUGGUGAUCACAUUGAUAUCAGUCGAGGUCCCAUGAUUGCUUCGACCUCCUUAGUUGGUCGGUGUUCAAUAGCAGCGGUUCACAGGCUAGAUUCCAGAAUUUACCGGUUUCAAGGAGUUGCCCUUCCCUCAGAAAUCUAUAUCAAUCAUUUUGCAUUUGGAAUUCUUGAGACUCGUGCUAGAAAAUUGAAUCCUGCAAGAACUCCGGAGUUGAAAUCCAAUUGACUGGAUAAGCUAACACAUCUCGAAAGUGUGAAAGACACAAUAGUUCGUGAUUAAUACACUGUAUUUGUUCAUUAA